CCUUUCCCGGGAGCCUGCAGGCCUUCUGGUGAUCGCCAGCGCUGUCGUCUCUGAGUGUGGAUCCCAGAACCUGGACAGCUGUGGCGGCCGCCGUUUCAUGGUCCCAUCCAGACGUUGUCUGGCGAGAUCGGACGAUGGAGUUUUGCUCUCGUUGCCCAGGCUUGAGUGCAAUGGUGUGAUCUCGGCUCACUGCAGCCUCCACCUCCCAGGAUCAAAUAUGGUCCAGACCUGUACAUGAAUAACUUUGAUUAGUCAGAGUGAAAUAUUUAAUAAUGAGUGGUGCAGCUUUGGGACUUGAAAUUGUUUUUGUCUUUUUUCUGGCAUUAUUUCUACUUCAUCGAUAUGGAGACUUUAAGAAACAGCAUAGACUUGUAAUUAUUGGAACACUGCUUGCUUGGUAUCUCUGCUUUCUUAUUGUCUUCAUACUGCCUCUGGAUGUUAGUACGACAAUAUACAACCGGUGCAAGCAUGCUGCUGCAAAUUCAAGCCCUCCUGAGAAUAGCAACAUUACAGGAUUGUUCGCAACUGCUAACCCUGUUCCAAGCCAGCAUCCAUGUUUCAAGCCAUGGAGUUACAUUCCUGAUGGAAUCAUGCCAAUUUUCUGGAGGGUAGUGUAUUGGACAUCACAGUUUUUAACUUGGAUUCUCUUACCUUUUAUGCAGUCGUAUGCAAGAUCAGGAGGGUUUUCCAUCACUGGAAAGAUCAAAACUGCACUAAUUGAGAAUGCAAUCUACUAUGGCACCUAUUUGCUGAUUUUUGGAGCAUUUUUAAUUUAUGUAGCUGUAAACCCACAUUUACAUUUAGAAUGGAACCAGCUUCAGACAAUUGGGAUAGCUGCUGCAAAUACAUGGGGUCUGUUUCUUCUUGUGCUGCUGUUGGGGUAUGGCUUGGUGGAAAUUCCUCGGUCGUACUGGAAUGGAGCAAAAAGGGGUUAUCUACUUAUGAAAACAUAUUUUAAGGCAGCCAAACUGAUGACAGAGAAAGCAGAUGCAGAAGAGAAUUUAGAAGAUGCCAUGGAGGAGGUUCGUAAAGUGAAUGAAAGCAUCAAGUAUAACCACCCAUUGAGAAAAUGUGUUGAUACAAUACUUAAAAAGUGCCCUACAGAGUAUCAGGAAAAAAUGGGUAGGAACAUGGAUGAUUAUGAAGAUUUUGAUGAAAAGCAUAAUAUCUACCCAAGUGAAAAAAGUCUGGUAAAACUGCAUAAACAGGUGAUUUAUUCAGUUCAGAGACACCGUCGAACUCAAGUACAAUGGCAAAUUCUUUUGGAACAAGCAUUUUAUCUAGAAGAUGUAGCAAAAAAUGAAACUAGUGCUACUCGUCAGUUUGUUCACACCUUUCAAUCGCCAGAGCCAGAAAAUCGAUUUGUCCAAUAUUUUUAUAAUCCUACAUUUGAGUGGUACUGGGAAUGUCUUUUGCGACCAUGGUUUUACAAGAUACUUGCUGUGGUUCUGUCCAUCUUCUCUGUGAUUGUUGUGUGGUCAGAGUGCACAUUCUUUAGCACUACUCCUGUCUUAUCCCUCUUUGCAGUCUUCAUACAGCUGGCAGAAAAAACAUAUAAUUAUAUUUAUAUUGAGAUUGCUUGCUUCCUUUCCAUCUUCUUCUUAAGUAUCUGUGUUUAUUCUACUGUGUUCAGGAUUCGUGUAUUUAACUAUUAUUACUUGGCUUCACAUCACCAGACUGAUGCUUAUAGCCUUCUUUUCAGUGGCAUGCUAUUUUGCCGUUUGACACCUCCUUUAUGUCUUAAUUUCUUGGGUUUGACCCAUAUGGAUUCAUCCAUCUCUCACAAGAAUACUCAGCCAACUGCUUAUACAUCUAUUAUGGGUUCCAUGAAAGUUUUAUCCUUUAUUGCAGAUGGAUUCUAUAUAUAUUAUCCUAUGUUGGUGGUAAUUCUCUGCAUUGCUACUUAUUUUAGUUUGGGAACCCGUUGUUUGAAUCUGCUUGGUUUCCAGCAGUUUAUGGGAGAUGAUGAUAUGACAUCAGACUUAGUUAAUGAAGGAAAAGAAUUAAUCAGAAAAGAGAAGAGAAAAAGACAAAGGCAAGAAGAAGGUGAAAAUCGAAGAAGAGAAUGGAAAGAACGUUAUGGACACAAUAGAGAAGAUUCCACUAGGAACAGAAAUAUUCAUACUGACCCAAAAGAGUCAAACUUCUCAGAUGUUAAUACCAACCGGUCUGCAUUCAAAUAUACCAGGGCUAAUAACAGGACUGAAAGGGACCGGAUAGAACUUCUCCAAGAUGCAGAACCUUUGGACUUUAAUGCAGAAACAUUCACUGAUGAUCCUCUUGAAUCUGAAUCAGGAAGGUAUCAGCCUGGUGGACGAUAUCUCUCAAUGUCUCGCAGUGACAUAUUUAAUGAUGUUUGAAGUCUGAAAAAGUUUGUGGGGCCAUUAACCAAGGUCAACACAUCAGAUCGGUCUUGAUGAACAUCUGUGUACCCUAGAAUUUCCUCUAUACGCUCAGUAAAAAGUGUCAAGAUAACAAAAAAAGCACUGAGAACUAAUUAUAUCUUAGGAAUAAUAUUUUAAGGUUCACUGAAUACAGUAUCAUCUUUUCCAACAAGAUUUAUUACAUAUCAUUUCCUAAGUAUCUGCCUUAGAAGUACAGUUACAGUGGAAGAAUUGUUUAAAAGAUCAACAUAUGUUAAGAACAUGCAGUUCAGUUUGUUUCAGAUUAAUUUUUUUUUCAGGAGAGUUAUUUUAAAGAUUCAAGAAAGCCAUAAGUCAUACUAAAUAAUAUUAUACAGUUUUAUUGUUACCUUUUUGUUAUUUCUAAAAACUAUAUUCAACUUGUAUUUCCCAAAGAAAUGUGAGUGGAGACCUUAAAUAAUAACUGUUUUUGUAAAACUCGUGUCUUAAAAACAAGGCUUACUUACUAGACAUAACUGAAUGUUAAAAGUACUUUUUCAAAUCUGUUUGCAAAUUAGUGGGGGAUUUUUGCAUGUAUAAGAUUAAGAUUAUACUUCGACUGAUAAGUGUUUGCGUAUUUAGCAUGUAUACUGUAAUCAGGUGAUAUAGGAUUCCUUCAGUCUUUGUAGUAACUCGAUUUUUUUAUGCUUCUGGUAUUGCUUUAUAAAAAGUUUUCAAAUCAGAAAGCUAUGUUCACAUUUAUCAUUUAAUAUAUUGAUUUAAAUCUUGCCAUUCAAGGAUAAAUUCUAGGCAUUAAUGGAAAAUAGUUUUUCUUUUUUAGUAAAAAGUCCAACAAAAUUCUUUAAUAUUUAAAUGUACCUGUUUAUACUUUUUGAGAAAAAAUUUGGCUAUUCAAAGGUAAAAAGUGAAUCCAUUUACUGUUAUUACUGAUACUUAAUUUGUGGUUUAUAUAAAACCAAACUAUAUUAGAAUGGAAAUGUGUAAUAACUUGUUGGUUAUACAUUCUUAUUAGAUUAUUUUUUAACCUUUGUGUUUAAGCUAAAUUUAUAUAUUAUAUUUUAAAGCACUAGUGUUUUAUUGCAAAGUGAACAUGUUUGAUUACAGCAUGCUUGCAGAGAGUUUUUUAUGUUCCUAGAAUAUUUGCAACUCUUACUGAAUCCAUGCUACAUUAGGUGACCAUACUUCAGCUUGCUUAAUACAGUCUCAGUGUAACACCUAGUAUUCUGUUUAUUACUAGUGCUCAGUUUCACCCUCAAGUAUCCCAGUUUGAAAAUGAAUUAUAUGGCUCCCCUAACUUGAGGUUAAUCUUUCUCCAAGACAUAAAUUUAAACUUUUUACUUUUCUAUUUAAUAAAUAUUAUGUGCGUUUUUAAAAAAGCAUAGCUCUAUACAGAUAUUGAAAGGAAUAGAGCAUAAUUCUCAUCUGAAAAUUUUGAUCUUUGAGUUUUUAUGAUCUUUGAGAUUACAUCCUUUUAAAAAUAAUUAUCAGUGGAUAGACUUACUCUGAAUUGAAGGCCAUAUAGACAACACAUGAGGACACAUACAUACAGUCUUUUAAUGUGAAGUGUGGUCAGAGAGCAAUAUGCCAGGAGCAGAGAUAAUUUGAUGCUGAGUUUGUAAUUUCAUGAUUGACUCAUUGAAUAUCUUGGGCAAAUCAUGUAGCUUUUCGGUGCUUCAAGAGCUUCAUUCUGCACCUUCAUUUGCAGAAUGAAGAUACUUGCUAUUUACCUGCUGAUCUACCUUACAGAGCUAUCAAAAGGAAGUCGAGUUGGUGUUUAUGUACUGCAGUUUAGAAUUGUGCUGUUUUUCCUAGUGAUACUUGAAAAUAUUAGAUGGGGGAAAUGAUCAUCCCAGAAAGGGGUCUAGUUUCUUGUUAUUACAGAAAAGUUUACAAGUCCCUAAAGCCAAAAUGCUUUUCGGACUAAUUCAUCAAAAGUCCUGUGAAAGUAGUUUUGUUUUAUUUAGUCUUUGGGUUUACUUUGGAAUCAAUUCUUAAGUAUAAUGUGAUUUCUCAUCAGGUUUUGUCAUGAAAUUCAGAUGCUGUUAUUGAAAUAGAAGCAGAAAAGGAAAAGAAAUUAACCAAUUCCUUUUAUAACUUUUAUAAUGCCCUAAGAUAAUUGAUAGGAAUGUAUAAAGUAAUGUUACCACUUUCCUUAAGUAUUAAAUUUUUUAUGUUUAUAAUAAUUGAAGUAUAUACAUGCAUAUACUUCACAAACAGUAUAGAUUCCUCUAUGACUUUAACGUUAUAUUUAAAAUAACGUUUUGUUGUUUUAGUGAUUCAGAUUAUUCAGCUUUUUAAGCAGAAUUUGUCUUACAGAAUAUUACAUAUUACCAUGUAAAAGUGUUAUUUUAUUGGAUAAAUUUGAAUUCAGAAGGCAAUGACUUGACCCCUGAAGACUGAGUUUAUUGCUGGGGAACCAAGUUAAUAUUUGUUAAGCCACCUUGUGUAAAAAAAAAACUGUAGUGGGUACAAAUUUUCUGUUUUGAGAAGCUUAUUAAAAUAUAAUGACAUCUACUGUAAAAUAGUACUACUAAAUUCAUGUACUUUACAUGCAAAGUAAAUUUCUUUCUUUCUUUUUUUUUUUUUUUUUUGAGAUGGAGUCUCCCUCUGUCACCAGGCUAGAGUGCAGUAGUGUGAUCUCAGCUCAAUCUCUGCCUCUCGGUUUCAAGUAAUUCUCCUGCCUCAGCCUCCCAAGUAGUUGGGACUACUGGCAUACACCACCACACCCAGCUAAUUUUUGUAUUUUUAGUAGAGAUGGGGUUUCACCAUGUUGUCUAGGAUGGUCUCAAUCUCUUGACCUCAGGCAAUCCGCCCACCUUGGCUUCCCAAAGUACUGGGAUUACAGGUGUGAGCCACCAUGCCCAGCUGGAAAGUACAUUUCUUAAAGAAUUAUUUUCAGUAAUUUUUGAUGACUUUAUUACUCGAUAAUAAAUAUCUGUUUAAAAAUUUUCAAAUUAUUUUGUAAAUAGUUGUUAGGUAAGAAUUUCAGUAAGCCAAUAAUUCAGAAUAACUAUUGCAGAAAAUAAGAAUAAUCUAUGAUUUCAUGAAUCAUCUCUAAAUUACUAAUUAGCUUCAUUUACAACAUAAAUAACUUGUUAUCAAUAGAGCAUUUUUGCAAAAAAACAAAAGAAAGUAUAAGUUUAAAUUAUUAAAAUUUGCUCUCUUACCAAAUGAAUACAAAGGCUUUUGAAUAAUCUCAUUGCAUCAGAGGCCCUCAUUUUACAAAAAUGGUAAGAACAAAAUCAAAACAUUCAAGAGUUUUCCCUUUAUAAAGAAUAGAUCAGAAAAUUUGACAAUCCAGACAUUCAAAAAAAGAUUCUGCCAGUUGUUUUUUUUUUUUUUUUUUGAUUACUAUUUGAUUAGAUGAUCAGUUCUGAAAUUUAAGCUGGAUGUAUGCCCAAAGUAAAUUAGCAUAGGAAAAUCAAUGUGUGUUUUUUUUGUUUUGUUUUGUUUUUUAUUGAGACGGAGUUUCGCUCUUGUUACCCAGGCUGGAGUGCAAUGGCGCGAUCUCGGCUCACCGCAACCUCCGCCUCCUGGGUUCAAGCAAUUCUCCUGCCUCAGCCUCCUGAGUAGCUGGGAUUAUAGGCGCGCACCACCAUGCCCAGCUGAUUUUUUGUAUUUUUAGUAGAGAAGGGGUUUCACCAUGUUGACCAGGAUAGUCUCGAUCUCUUGACCUCGUGAUCCACCUGCCUCGGCCUCCCAAAGUGCUGGGAUUACAGGUGUGAGUCACCGCGCCCAGCCCGUGUGUGUGUUUUUAAAAGUAUAUUUUAGCAUAUUAAUGGAGAAGUUUAGUUUAUGUUCAGUAACCUCAUUUUUAUAGCAUUAAUAGGCUUAGGGAACGUUCUUGAUGAUGUACUGAUUACUAUAUUAGAGAAAAAAUAAACUCUCCAUAUUGCAAUUCACACUGUUUAGUAGGGUGAGUUUUGUGCUUAUGAUUUGAGUGGGUUAUGCCUAAAAAUUGUAAAUGUAUUUGCACUAAGUGACAAAAUAUGUCCCUGAAAAAUCUUAGCAUACUUGAAUCUCCAAAUGUAAUAGAUCUGUGUUAAAUUCUGAAUGUUAAGAAGUAAAUGGAUUUAGGGUUUUGUCAUCUUUUCUUAUGUCCUCUCUCAUUCCUUUAUACCUUUUUCCUUUCUGAGGCCUAUGUUUAUAGAUGACUUGUGCUGAAAGAUUUUCCUUCUGUUUUGUGUAGGUAGUUGUUUUUGAUGAGUGGUGUACUAAGAAAAAUUUCUUUUAGGUCACUAAAAGAAAUGUCCUUCUUAGUGACCUAAAAGAAAUUAUUUUCAGUGUAGUAUUUUUACAGAAAAUAGAUUUCAAAACAUUUUAAGAUUUAUUUAGAUUCUUGAGACAUGUUUUUAUGAAGAGGAAUUAAUAAAUGAUAUACAUCAUCAAAACUUUUAUUAGGAAAGUUGAAACAAUAUAAGAAGGUUACAGAAGGCCUUCUAAAAUAUGAAUUCCCCUCUAUAUGAGGUACUUCUUUCCAACUCAGUGACUUUUUACCCAGAGACUCGGAAGACCAGGCAAUGUUUUCCCCUUUCCCAAUUCCUAGAGGCCAGGGCCUAGGAGCUAUUUCCCCCAGCAGGGCAGGCUGUAGUCCUGCUCUCUCUUCCUUCCCACUGCAGCAGGAACAUGUCUUCACCUCUGAUUCCUUCCAUACCCAGAUUGAUUUAACUAAAAUUUUAUUUCUGUUUUCAAAAGAUUUGUCCAUUGAGGUCAAUUGAGGACUCAUUGUAAUUUUUAAAAUCUGUUAAUAAAACAAGAAUAUUGGCAUGUUCCUCUUCUCAUCAAUAUCCUAAAAGACAUUUGUUUUUUACAUACUCCUUGGGAAAAAUUAAAAUUCUUGGUCUCAAAUCAUUUUGUGAAAGAAUUUUACUGUACUUAGUUCAAAAGAAUAGAAAGAAUGGUUUACUAUGGCAGACAUAUGUAGGGUAAAAUCAUAAUUUAUUUAAACUGACUGUAUAACACCAUUUAGAGUUGAUACUGACAUAAAUGUUAUUAGCCUACUCAUUUGGAACUGUAUUUCUCAACAAUGCUGGCAAGCAUCUUCCCUAUUUAGGAUACCAAGUUGUAGGGGAGAGACUGUAUUUAUUUUUUAAAAGCAAUCCAAUGGAUUUGUUUUUGUUCAUAUUUUAAAAACAACUUGAAGGAUUUUUCUUAUUUUAGAAGGUAGAAAAUAUGUGGUUCUGUGUUUUAAAUUACUAUAAUCUAAUAUGUAUUUAUAAAUUAUAACAUGGAAUAAUACAAGAGUUCUAAUACUGAUGUUCUCACUUUCUGAUAUUUAAUUUUUAUAAAUUUUUUUUAUAAGUAACUAAUUGUAGCAUUGCUUUUAAAUAGUUUUAAAAUCUUCUUCAAAUAAGUUCUGCCCAGACCUAUUUCCUUAGGAUUAUAUUCUAAAGUUCAGUAGUCCAGAAUGAGCUUAAAAUACUCCUAUUUCCCUUGAUUUUUAUGUAUACCAAUAUUCAAGCAAAUUAUUAAUAUAUCAAAAACCUAAUUUCUGCGUUGCAUUAAUAAAAUACUUGUUGUUUUGCCUUUAUCUAAUUCAGUUGAUUAGGUGAAAUGAAAAAGUAAUCUUUUCAAAUGUGCAUAUGAUCAUAAUUUUUCAAAAUGUUACUGUAGUCAUUCUUGGUGCAUGAUGCCAAAUUUACCUUUAGUCAGCCAUUGCUACCUGAUAUGUAAUGACAAAUGUUUUAUUAUCUGAUCAUUGAGUUGUAGAUUUAACUAUUUUUUUCUCUGUUGAUUCUCACUGCGUUUUCAAAUAUGUAUUUGGAAAAAGCUGCAAAGUGCUACCUAUAAGCAAAUUAGUAACUUUAGCCUUAUUUAUGCAUAGUGUUCUCUCAGUUUGGUUUUGAUAAAUUCAUUGACUUGCAGUUUCUUUUUAGUAUUUUAAUUUAUUGUGAUGUAAUGAAUUUUUGAAAUGUUCGAUUAGCUGUUAAAAUAUAUGAAAGUAUGUAGCUUUGCAUGAAAUAAACUACAUUUCUGCAAGUUAA